AGAAGCGAGGAAGAGGCAAAAUGAAGAUCAGGACGUAGUAGUUCCCAUCUAUCAUUGAUCAUUGGUCCCUUUCCAUUGUUUGUGUUGACGCGCUUCCGUUGAAAAAUGAAACAAUGAACCAAUCAUAAUAAGCAAACACUCGUAGUAGUUCCCAUUAACUUUCACUUUCAUCAUCAACAAAUAAAAGGUGUUUGUGAUUACUCUGUGUGACACAACACAAGACAACAUAGCAGAGAUUAAUAAAAAUGGGAAGCUUAUUAUACCAAGCAUUAUCAUCAACAGCACUGUUAUGUUUAGGUCUGUACCACCUAAUCUUGACAACCCUUAACUACCUCAAAUCUCCACACACCUACACAUCCAAACCCUAUCACCCAUUCCCAUCAACCCACCUCCCUCGUCUCCGUCCCAUCCAACUCUACUUCAUUAUCUUCUCUCUCUCCAUCGCCAUCAUUCACCACCUCAUCCUCGCCACCGAUUCCGAUCCUCUAGUCAAAGGCUCCACCCCCGUCCACCGUCUCACUUCUCUCCAAUCCGCCGCACUCCUUUUCCUUUUCUUAAUUCUCUCCAUCUCUCUCCUCCUCCCCUUCUCUCUCCCUAACGACCUCUCUUUCUCUCUCCUCUCUCUCCUCUUCCUCCUCCAUUCCUCUCUUCAGACCUCUCUCUCCUCUCUCCAAACCUCCUCUCUCGAAGCCAAGUGCGAUUCCAUUUCUUCCAAUCUCUCUGCUCUCUCUUCUUUCCUCUGUCUUCUUCUCGUUUGUUUCCCUCGUCUCUUCCCCGCCGACGCCGCGCUUGCCGGUUCUAUCUGCCUCCGUGGAUUGUGGGCUCUUCAGACCGGUCUCUCACUGUACGCCGAACCCUUUAUCCCGGACGGUUGUCAUCGUCUUCUCGAUGUUGUUAAUGGUGUUGAAGGAUCCACGCAAUGUGAUCUUGAUGAGUCUAAGUUUAGAGCUCUUGCGAUUCUUGAUCUCGCUUUUGUUCUUCAUGUUAUGUUUGCUAUGAUUAUUGUUUUGAUUACUUACGCUCUUGUUGCGGCUACUGUUGGUGGUGUUAGAAGGGUGGGUUCAUAUGAGGCAUUGCCUACUGCUACUUCUCCUACGGAUUCCAAUCAUAUUCAGAUGAAAGCUUUGGCUGGAACACAGGCUUGAAUAGGAGGUUCUUUUUUUGCCUAAAUUUUUGUUUUUUCUUUUAUUUCGUUUUCAUUGUUAGGGUAUGAUCUGUGAUUGUGAGCAAAGUUAAUGUUUUCAUCAGAAUGUAGUGCCUUUGUGAAUACUUUGAACGCUUAUUUAAUGAUAAUGAGAUCACAGUGUAGUUCUUCGUUAGUUACUUGCUAUUGAUUAUACUUUGAUAUGGUGUAGUUCUUGCUCUUAUCUGAGAUAUGAUUUCACUUGUGAUAGUGUGUUGCU